GAAGAGUUCAAAUUGGUGCCGGGCGUCCAUAACCGCGUUCAGCUCAGGCCCUGUUUGCUUUGGAGUUUAUUGUUCAAAUUGGUCAUUAUACAAUGCGCGAUCAAUACCAUAAAAUUGUACUCUUUUAAAACGUGCUUUGCAAAAAAUUGAUUAUGUAAAAGCGAAAAAAAAAAAAACCAAAGAUGUAUAAAAAUAAUCAAGCAAAAGUCGCUCGCUAUCAUUAUUCAACGGCAUUUCCAAUUCCAUCUUCAAGAAUAGCAAAGGUGCCUUCGUUUUCAGGAAGGGAUGGUGAAUCAUACACUUUACAUAUUCGAUUUUCUCCUCUUCCCUUUCUCAAGUACAACCUAAACAACCUCAGUCAGUAACCAGUACGGAUCAGCUUA